AAUGCUUUACAGAUUAUUAAGCGUCAGUAAUAUCCAAAUAAAUAUAACAACAGACUCGAUCAAUCGUAGCAUGACGACCGCCGCACCUUUCUCUGGUCCAGUCGGAAAUUCCAGAUGGUCACUUGCCGGAAUGACUGCUGUCGUCACCGGUGGUACACUUGGGAUCGGCUAUGCUGUGGUGGAGGAACUGGCGGAGUUAGGAGCAGAAGUGCACACCUGCUCACGUAAUGAAUCUGUACUUAACCAACGCUUACAAGAAUGGUCCGACAAGGGUUUUAAGGUCACUGGAUCCGUCUGCGACUUAUCUUCUCGUCCCCAACGGGAACAGUUUGUGGAAAAAGUCACAUCACUCUUCGGUGGCAAACUCAACAUCCUAAUCAACAAUGUUGGGACAAACGUAUUUAAAACUACGUUAGAGUUUACCGCAGAAGAGUAUUCCAAGAUCAUGGCUACCAAUUUGGAGUCUUGUUACCAUAUGUGUCAACUUACACAUCCUCUUUUAAAAGCUUCUGGAGCUGGAAGCAUUGUUUUGAUUUCAUCUGUUACUGGUCUCGUUCACGUUUCUGUUGGGUCUGUUUACAGUGCCACCAAAGGUGCAAUGAAUCAGCUUGCAAAGAAUUUAGCAUGUGAAUGGGCUAAAGACAACAUUCGGACUAAUAGUGUAGCACCAUGGUUCACUAAAACCCCACUCAUCCAGCAUCUUGUUGAAAGCGAGGAGUUUCUGGAAGCUGUGGCGUCUAGAACUCCUCUGAAACGCGUUGCAGAACCAAAUGAAGUUUCAUCUCUGGUGGCGUUCCUUUGUAUGCCUGCUGCUUCUUACAUCACUGGCCAAACCAUUGCUGUUGAUGGUGGAUUUACGGUCAAUGGAUUCCCGUGAAUGCAUACGAGCAGUAUUUUGCGUAAUGCUCAUGGAGUUCAAUUGAUGCAAUGCUAUCAAAAUUACGAGUUAUUGAUCUUCACAAUCUGCAGUUCGGAAUGACUUAUGUCGUAUUAAUGUUUCUUUUGAUGUUCUAGCUCUCUCUUUUCGUCUGUAAGUUGUUUGUUAUAUAAGUAAAAUGGUUGAAAUAAUUUGACUCGUGAUUUACGUUA